AUGCGCGCCCUCGCUAUCUUCACCGCCGCGGCCAUCUUCCUUCUCAACACAGUCACCGCUCAAGAUCUACCAGGAGAGGAUGUCUACCAGAAGUGCCUGGAUGGUGAAAUUACGGGCUGGGAGAACGACUGCUGCGGGCUGAUGUGGGUGCUAUGUGUCUACCCCACCAACAGCGAUCUGCCGCGCUGCAGAGAAUAUGUCGAGGGCUUCGGCUGCACGCCGCCGCUUUAG